UUUACGUGGUCUGAUUCUAGAAUUUGAAAGCUGAAUUAUAAUUUUAUAAAGCAAACUGUCUCAAUUAGAGGUCAAGAUCAUAUAUUAAAACUGUCAGAAUCCAGCUUGCGAAGUUGUCGGUGAAAGUGGCAAAUACGAGUACUCAGGCAGCGGCGCGAAACGAACGCGAGUGGUCGUGUUCACGGGGCCCGACGUGGCGGAAGAGACGAAAACACAUUGCGCGUUAUAAAAACAUACGAUUCAUUUAAGUUAUAAGUUAUUUUUAAUUGACUAUAAAUAAUGAUUGUUAAGUGAAUCAAAAUUAUUUACAAAUUGGUUUAAUUGCUUUAUAUUUAGUUUCAAAGUGACAGUAUAUUGCCCAAUUUCGCAAAUGUGCCUAUCAUUUAGUAUUUCAACAAUAUUAUUCGAUUCAAUUUGGUCGAUCGUUCUCAUUGGAAAUAUGUUAGAGUCUCGCGGCAGAUGAAGAAGACGGAUUGUAUGGAAUGGCGAACCAUGCGCAGACGAGCGUGGAGCCAGCUAGUUUGGAGUACAUGGAGGAUCCGUACUUUUUGCCCCCGGACGACGCCUCUACUCCGAGUUUCGACGUGGCCGUAGACGAGUUAGACGAGUUGGAAAACUUAGUCAGCUGGCCGCAAGAUGACACUGAGUCUGAUUGGCGCACGCUGCCCGACCUUGUCGAGUCCGCUCUCUGUAUUGAAACAGAAUUUUACAUGGACAACCGCCGGCGCAGGUUAAGGAUAUUUAGAAAAAAAAUGCGUGAAGUUCGAGUUACAUUUCAAGACUUAUCGAAACCAUAUCUUGCCAAAGUCUCUAGCCACACUAAUUACAAAAAGUUCCUCGGUAUCACUCCAGGAGCAGAGGAAGCGAUGACGGGUGCAGGCGCUGGAGACGCGAAUACCCCCGACGAGCUAGCAGGACUGACUCCCGAGCAGGCCGAACAGCUCCGUGCAGAGUGGAGUCGGGAGCUAGCACGUGUCGAGGACGAAAUCGCCACGCUUCGCACAGUUUUGCAGAGCAAAAUCCGUCAAAGCUCCGACUUGAAAAGGAAACUUGGCAUCACAGUCUGGAAGGAAAUAACCGAAGACGUUAAUCAAGGUUUAAAAAACGUUAAAGAGAGCCAAGUUUAUCAAACGAUAGAAACUCGCGUGGCUGCGCUUAAACAGGCUGUGACUGAAGCACCGAUAUACCAAAAAACUGAAUCUGUGAUAAAAACAACAGCCGAAAAGACAACGUCUAUCUUCGGCGGUAUAACGGCCGGUGUGUCGCACAAACUGGGCCAGAUGCGCAAUUCGGAGUCGUUCCGCUCCAUCGAGGAGCGCGUCGGUACCGCUUACGAGAACGUCAAGGGCAAGGUGGCGUCGCGCUCCAACUCGACGCAGAGCUUCGACGAGGCGCUGCGCGACGCGAGCCGGGCGGGCGGCGCGAGCGGCGCGGCGUCGCCCAGCAUCCCCGAGCACAAGCCGCUGCCCUAGGGCCGCGCCGCCCGAGCUUAACCGUUCAUCGACCUGCACGACGCGUAAACGGAUCCACGACAGUAAUACACAGACCGCUAUCCUCGUGGCCCCGCCGCGGUUUCAUAUUUACAUUUAUUCAAAAAAAUGUUUAUUCGAUUGUAUUUAAAUGUUAUAUUGAAAAGUGAGAUUACUCCGUUUAUGAAUUGUACAAAUUGGAGUGUUAUGGCGUUUUCGAGGUUCAUAUUCUUGCAUCGGUUGCGAUUAUGUAAUGUUCGCUGUGUUCGGAUGUAAUAAAAAUACAUAUAAAAUUUCGAGGAAACCUUCAUUGGGUAACAAAAACUCGUCCCGAAACGUUUUAGUGAAUUAGUAACAAAAAAUUUAGUCAUACGACUUGUUUAUAAAAAAACGUUGGAUACGAGUUGUUGACGCCUUUUUUAUCUGUGUAAUACAUUUACCAUUUCCUGUGCUACAAAGUAAUUCUAACAUAAAUGAAAUCAUUAUUCAUCACAUUUUGACGAAAAAAAAAAUACAUUAUGUUAGUGACUAUUGCAAAUGAAUAUUUUGUGUAGGUUAUUUGUGUGCGGAAUGUGUAAUUUAUUACACAUCGUAGAAAUGAUGUUUCUUCUGAAUUGACGAACACAAUACUGGACACAUUCUUAUUUAUAUUAAUUAAAUACACUUUGGAUAUCAAACUUGUUACAUGAAUAUUAAAUUUACAUCACAUGGCUUCAUUUUGCUGUUUUUUUAUGACAUACAGUGAUCUGAAUUGGUAGUGUUAAUUUAAAAAAAAAAAGAAAAAAUAAAUAAAAUAUUUUAUUUUAUUAGUAAAAGUUAUGUUAUUAAAUGAAAAUAAAUAAUAUAUUGCCUAAUAUGUCUUCUUAUUGAAAAUAGCUUUUUAUAUCGUGGAUUUUAAUUAAUAAGUACUUUAAAGUUUAAUUAUCAUUAGUAUAGAUUCCAUAAAUUUUCACCGUUAACUGAAUUGCUGCUACCAAUUCCGUUCGCUGAUGAUAAACGACCUUAUUGUCAUGUAGUUUACGGUCUAUAAUUCACGCUAAAAAUCGAAUUUAAAUCAUAAAAUCUUCUAAAAGAAUGUAUUAAAACAUAAAGUUAUAGAACUUUAUAAACCCCACAGUAAUUGUCUUUAAUGCUUUAGAUUAUUGUGUUUUAGGGUCUUAUGUAGGUCUAUUUAGUACUUAAACGUGUUUUAUUUAUUGUCGAUCCAUGUUUUAUUCGAUGCUGGUUAAAACAAUAAUUUAAAAUGUAACGUUUUGGUCUGUUUUAAUACGAAAUAUAUUCGGAAAGUAUUAAUGUGUUAUUUAAUAAGAUUGCAUCUAUUCGCUUUCGAGUGUGAACAUUUAAGCAGACAAAGCUUGUCUAAUUCACUUUCAACUUAUGGUUCUUAACAUGGCAUUCCAUUACGAUAUUAGUAGAGAUGAGUUUAUUGAUUGGGUACUAUGGUAAGGGGACGUUUAAAUCGCUUCGCGGUGAACACUUUUAUAUAAAUAUAUACUUGUUGAAUACGCAAAGUUGUAAUUUAAGUGAGACUUUGUAUGAUGUACUUGCCGAAGCCUGUUAAGUCCAGUUCAAAAGAAGAUAUUUUUAUAAGAUGCUUAGCUUUCCUUUACUUAAAAUAAUUCCAUUAUUUACAUAAAAUACCUAAUAAAUUGGUGAAUAAAUUUA